AUGGCCACCCCCUUCGUGGCCGCUGUCUACGCCCUUGUCGGCCAGGUUCGUGGUACUCUUGACCAAGAGAUCCUUCGUUCCGUAAUCGCUGCGACCGCCCAGCCCAAGGCCUGGAACGAUGGUACUACUGCUCAUGAGGACAUCCUGGCUCCUGUGCCUCAGCAGGGUGCGGGCUUGGUGCAGGCUUGGGACGCAGCAUACGGCACGACUAUUCUUGGCUCUUCUGGCAUCUCCCUGAACGACACCGAUCACUUCGUCGCCGAGCACACCUUCAGCGUCAAGAACAUGGCCUCAGAGGAAGUCACCUACCAGCUCGGCCACGCCAAGGCUGUGACUGUCUACACCUUCAUCCCGGACACGGCUCCACUUACUGUUGCCCGUUCCCCUCCGCCUACUGCUGAGGCCUGGGCUGAGAUCAUCUUCGAUGCCGACACUCUCACCGUUCCCGCCGGCGGUAGUGCCGAGGUCAAGUUCACUGCCAUGCCCCCCAGCGGCCUGAAUAGCACCCUCUUGCCCGUUUACAGUGGCUACAUCACGCUCGACGGCAGCAACGGCGAGACACUUUCGGUCCCUUACCUUGGCGUCGCCGGCAGCAUGCAUGAUACCCCCGUCCUGGCCCCCGGCAAUGGUCUCACCGGCGUCUACCUUUCCUCUACUGACAACCACUUCCUGAUUCCCGUUGCCGCCAACCGUACCUUCACCGUCCCUCGCCCUGGGUCAACUGGUAGCGCAAUCUACCCCAAAAUGGUCGUUACUCCCACCGUCGGUACUACUGAGCUGCAUGUCGAGCUUGUGGCUGUCGGCGGCGUUGGUAACUCGACACUGAAGGUAACCGAUCACCUGGGUUAUCCGACCCUUGGCCCUGUGCCACAGUCGCCUGUUCCGUAUGCCCACCGCUUCGGCUACACGUGGAACUUUGGCGGCUACUUGGCUGGCAGCACUGUUGUGCCGGAGGGUACUUACAAGUUCAUUGCGAGUGCUCUCAGAAUCUUCGGGGAUGCAAUGAAGGAGGAGGACUGGGACGUCGUCGAGACUGUCGAGUUCAACUUGAAGUAUCUUGCUUAG